AUGUUGGAUUUCUUGCGUUUCUUCGUCGGGAUAUUCGGAAAUGUUUCUGCUCUGUUUCUCUUCUUGGCUCCUGUGAUGAUAUUCAAGAGGAUUCUACGGAACAGAUCCACGGAGGAAUUCUCAGGCGUUCCUUACAUCUUGACGCUUCUUAACUGUCUCCUCUCUGGCUGGUAUGGUUUGCCAUUUGUGUCGCCUCACAACAUACUGUUAACAACGGUGAAUGGAAUGGGAGUGGCGAUUGAAACCACGUACGUGUUGACGUUCAUCGUGUUCGCACCGAAGAAGGAGAAGCUCCGAAUUGUUGGCCUCUUGGCGCUCGCGCUUGCAGUGUUCUCUGCGGUGGUGGUCGUCUCACUCUUGACGUUUCACGGCAAGAGCAGGAUGCUCUUCUGCGGCCUCGCCGCCGCCAUAUUCUCCAUCUUCAUGUAUGGGCCACCCCUUUCCAUCAUUAGAAUAGUACUAAAAACAAAGAGCGUCGAGUACAUGCCGUUCUUGGUGUCACUGUUUGUGUUCCUAUGUGGCACUUCCUGGUUCAUCUUUGGCCUCCUUGGCAGGGACCCUUUCGUCGCUGUGCCUAAUGGUGUGGGUGCUGCUUUAGGGGCAAUCCAAAUCCUACUCUACUUCAUGUAUCGUGAUCAUGAGAACCCCACAACGCAAGACAAGUGUGUGGAGAUGGCUACCAGAAAACCCCACCAACUCAAUGAAGAUGCUACUUAA